AUGCCGCUCCCCACCGCUAGCCCGCUGAACACCUUCGGCUUCCUCUUUAUCUUCAUUAUCGCCUUCUUCCCCAAUCUCUUCAUCUACAUCCUCAGGCUCCCAUUGACACCUUUCCUACCCUCGACGCCGUCAAUCCCUUCGCUGCCACCGUGCGCCUGCUGCCCGCCCGCGCACUGCUUUCCGACGGCCACCGAAACGACUCUCGCGCACCCCACGUCAGCACCGCAACUACAACCACCAUCGGUCGCCAACACAAUGUCCUGGUUCCAGAAGACGAUCCACCUGCCGCCCAAGUCCAAGGGCGCGUACCUGGUGACGGACCACAUCGAGCGGGAGCUGCCCGAGCUGCGCGAGUACAAGGUGGGGCUGCUCAACCUGUUCGUGCAGCACACGUCGUGCGCCCUCAGCCUGAACGAGAACUGGGACGAGGACGUGCGCGCCGACAUGACGGACGCGCUGGACCGCGUCGCGCCCGAGGACCGCAAGGGCAACCUGUACAGGCACAGCGCUGAGGGGUUGGAUGACAUGCCGGCGCAUAUCAAGUCGGCGCUCGUGGGCGCGAGCGUGACGAUUCCGAUCUCGAAUGGUAGGCUGGCCACCGGUACGUGGCAGGGCGUUUGGUACCUGGAGUUCAGGGCGAGCAGGCACGCGAGAAAGGUCGUUGCGACGAUUCAGGGAGAGAAGCUGUAG